AUGGAACGAGUCGUGAUCGUCGGAGCAGGUCUUUACGGUCUCAUCGCAGCUAAAACGUAUCUACAAAUCGUCGGAGAAUACGACGGUGAAAAUACAACCAAAAGCACAAAUGAAAUCGCCGAAGUUCCUGUCUGUUUUACGGAGAGCAUCGAGGCUUGUCGAACAACCUCCAACAGUCACCUUCUUGUGAUUGACUCUGCCUCGGAUAUUGGAGGUACUUGGGCGGCAGAACGGCUUUAUCCAAAUUUGUUGAGCCAGAACUCGUAUGGUCUUUAUGAAUUCAGUGACCUUCCUCUUUCCGAUGUGGUUCCGGAGGAACAGGCGGAUGAUACACACAAUCAGUUCAUUGCAGGCUGGAAGAUCAAUCGUUAUCUCCGUGCAUGGGUUGAGAAAUGGCAGCUCGAAAAACACAUAAGAUUGAACUGGAAGGUCGACGACAUCAGUCGCCUAGAAACCAAAGAAUGGAAGCUCAACAUUAGUGUAUCCACACCCCCGGGUCGGCGCAUUACCAUUAUCUGCGACAAGUUAGUUUUGGCUACAGGAUUAACCUCAGUGCCAAAUAUCCCAGACACAAAGGGGCCAUCACAUCCCUCUGAUGAUUCUGCUCCAGUCAUUCAUGCCAAGGAUGUUGGAGAAUGGGCUCGAGAACACCUGGGAUAUCAGCCGCUGAAAGCACCUGAGCCCCAGCCCGUUAGCAUGACAGCAAAAGAGUUUCCUUACCCGCAACUGCGAUCGGUUGCUAUUUAUGGAGGUGCGAAGUCAUCAUUUGAUCUGGUCCAUUUCUUUGCGACUCUACAUCGCAACGACGCAAAGCUGCACCUCAAGUCUACACAGGAGAAUCCUGUGCAAGUACAUUGGAUCAUCCGUGAUCGAGGUGCAGGGCCCGCGUGGAUGGUGCCGCCAAUGUCUACUCUCCCAAAUGGCGACACCGUUGCAAGCGAUAAGGCUGCCAGCACCCGGUUGCUCACCCAUCUCACUCCGUGCUGCUACGAGACUCCAAAACGCCUGUCUCUUGGGCCAUCCGGGGGUCUGCACUGGGAAGGCUCAUGGCUAGCUCGGCUAUUCCAUGGCAACCCUGUAGGUCGAUGGUGGAUUCGGUGGCUCUGGCGAUCGAUUGAUAAAGGCUUGGAGGAGACGGCACAAUACGGCUCAGAUCCGAAGAUGGGAAAGCUGCGCCCAGACAAUAGUGUUGUGUCGUGCGCAUCUGGUAUUGGGAUUGCAAAUCAAGGAGACCUCUGGGAAACAAUCAGAUUACCCCAUGUGAACGUGUACCGAUCAGCCAUCACAAAUAUCGUCGCUACCAGGGCGGAGAAAACCACGGAUUCGUCAACAAAAGCGUCGGUUCAUUUGUCAGACGGCAAUUGCAUUGAUGAAGUCGAUCUGGCCAUCCAUGCGACGGGAUAUAAGCCAAUAGUUCCGAUUCGGUUCGAGCCACCAAGCCUCCGCCUAGAACUGGGGCUUUCGGCCCUAGUGGACUCGGGAGGCGCGGACAUUCCCGAGAACCGUGAAAUUCCAACGGGAACACCGGAGAUGAUCAAUGGACCACUAGAAUCCACCAUAAAUGACCGCAUCCAGCAUUGGGAAGAUCUAGAUCGACGUUUGGAGGUUACGGUCAGGAAGACCUUGAAUGCGACAAGGUGCACUUUCACAGAUCGGGGUCCUCCCUCAUGGACCGAGUUUCACAAACUGGUGCCAUAUCGCCUAUUCCGUCGCAUGGUUGCACCUGAAUUAGUCGCACAAGGCGACCGCUCGUUUGCAACACUCGGUGUUAUUCUAUCAUCAACUAUUGCUGUUGUUGCGGAGGUUCAAGCUCUCUGGGUGGCGGCGUUUUUGACGGGAGGGCUUGACUCCCCGGUGGAUAUUAAUUCGACCCCAGGCAAGGGUCUCUGGCUUGGGAGUCUUUCGCCGGAGGAUAUGGAGAAUGCUACCUCCGAGGAUGUGGUCUUGGGCUCAUUGACUGGGACUGGCCUUGAAGUUGAGGCUAUCCAGUACAAUGACACUCUUCUGCGCGACCUGGGAUUGAACCCACACCGACUCGGGGGUGGGUUCUACACUGAGCUAACAGGGGUAUAUGGGCCUUCGGUGUAUGCUGGAAUUGUGGAUGAGUGGAGGAAGGCGGUCGGUUUUGACACCCAUGUCUCUGUGAUCAACUGGGCAGUUAGGGCCGCCCGGAAACCGUCGGUCUCCCCCCUCACAGCCCUGGAGUCUCCUAUAUUCGCCUGCCAUGGAGCGCAGGAAACAAACCCGCCUGACCCGGUGUCGCACCGGAUGCAUGCGCUGUCGGGUUCGACGCCGAAAAUUUAUGGUACCCAAUUGUCCUUUUUAUCGAAGAAUGCACGUACCGUGCAAACAUCAGAAGUCGAAGCACCACCUGCUAGCUAUGAAGAGAUUCGCUUCAUCACUCAAGGGACCUCAAAAGACUGCAACGAAACUGAGGAUCAUGCGCUGGACGAAACAACCUCUCACAUUGAUGUGACUCCACAACCACAAGAAGCCGACCCUAAAACACCUAGCAAUGUCAGAGACGAAGCCGUGCCAUUAUGGCCAGCCCUGACCCCCCGUGCCGCAGAUGAACAGAACUAUACGAGCCUCAAUGACAAAGACGAAACGGCCAUCGCCGGGUUGCUGGCCCUCGGUAGUUUUGACUAUGGACUGACAUAUGCCGGCGCGUCAGAUCUUGCGACAGCGUUAGCGACCGAUGGAGACAUGCGCGUACCGCUUCCCCCAUCGUUUCCAUACUACACAGAAGUAGAUCUUGUGGCUGAUCCGUUCGAGAUGGUUUUCUUCUACGCAUACCGCCCUUUAUGGCUCUGCGCAAGAGCGAUCCAGUUUGUGCACAACGAAGAGGUUUCUCCCGAUCGGCCCCCGCUCCAUAUAUGGAUCCAGCUGGUGGAAGAACUGCAACAAUGGUAUCGUGAGCGACCAAAAGAAUUUCAACCGAUGCUAGAAUUAGAGCUGGAUGAUCAAUUAGCUGGGCCAGAAAGAAGUUUCCCGGUCGUUCUCUUUGCGAAUGGAGCAGGCUUGUUUGGCAACCAGCUAUACCAUACAGCCAUGUUGAUCUUACUACACAAUCGGCCUCGCACCGCACGCAUUGCGAACUUCCACUCUGUUGCUAUGUCGCCGUUGUGGCAUGCCCAGCGGAUAUGCAGUAUUGGCCUCAACAAUGAUCGUCAAGAGUGCUGGGAUCCAUGUCUCCUGGCAUCAUUUCUGCUGGCUGCUCGUCGGAUGACACACGAGUCGCAACAACGUGAAAUUGUGCGAGGGUUCGAUCGUAUCCGUACGGUGACAGGGUGGAACGCAACGAACUGCUUGCAGAGCCUGCGAGCAGAGUGGAACGUCCUUGAUGGGAUAUAG